GAGAGAGAGAGUCUCUUACUUGCAAGACAAAAAAGAAACUCCAUUUGCUACAAUCCUUUAUUAAACCCCCUUUCCUCUCUCUCUCUCUCUCUCUCCAUUCAUAAAAAUAAAGAAACAAAUCCAGGAUUUCGUUUCGUUUUCAAUCCUCGUGUUUGAAUUGUCAGAGAUCUUUCUCUUUUUUUCUUCAUUUUCUUGGAUCUAAUCCCCUUCUUCUUAACCCCUCUUGUUCCAUAAUCUAGUCUAUGUACGUAUACAAGGGAAGAAAGCAGAUCCACUGAGUUCAACGAAUUGAAUCAAUGCAAUGGCGGCUGAUAACAAUGGAGUGGAUAUAGAAACGUCUGACGACAAUGACUUUUCAUCAGGGAGGGGUUUGGGCGGGCGUAAGUACAGACCAGUAAUUGCGCAAGAUGACGAUCGGGCCGUUCUUGAGAUGUCGUCCAUCGAUCCCGGCGGCCGGGCAUCGUCUUCGUUGGACACUCCUAACGAUCUCAAAAAAGUAAAAGUGGGCAUACCACCAGAUAUGGCUUCUGAGAGAAAAGAUGGGUCCCUACCUAACCAUGGACGUGCUAAUGGUGCUCAGGCUGAAUCCAAAUUGGAAUUAUUCGGUUUUGAUUCACUUGUUAACAUUUUGGGGCUUAAAAGGUAUUAUGGCAGGGAUCAGAUCCAAGCACCAUCUAGUCCUAGGGAUGGAGAUGAUGUACCGAUUAAUAUUGAGCCUCCAAAGAGUGAGAGUGUCAAAUCGGGGACAAUGAUGGGCGUGUUUAUACCUUGUUUGCAAAACAUAUUGGGAAUUAUUUACUACAUCCGAUUUUCUUGGAUUGUGGGUAUGGCUGGGAUUGGCCAAUCGCUGGUGCUGGUUGCCUUCUGUGGUUCGUGUACUUUCCUUACAACAAUAUCUUUGAGUGCAAUCGCCACCAAUGGCGCAAUGAAGGGAGGGGGACCUUAUUAUCUUAUUGGUCGUGCCUUGGGUCCAGAGGUUGGAGUUAGCAUUGGUUUAUGCUUUUUCCUUGGAAAUGCUGUCGCUGGUGCACUUUAUGUUUUGGGGGCUGUGGAAACUUUCCUAACUGCUUUACCACAGGCAGGGAUUUUUAAAGGUACGACUUUUGUGAAGAUAAAUGGAUCGGAUGUCGCACAAACCAGCCCAAAUUUGCAUGACUUGCAAGUUUAUGGGGUUAUUGUGACGAUAAUCCUAUGUUUCAUAGUAUUUGGUGGAGUAAAAAUGAUUAACCGCGUUGCCCCAGCCUUUCUAAUACCUGUCGUGCUCUCACUGUUUUGCAUCUUUAUUGGGAUAUUUCUGGCAAGGAAGAAUUAUCCAGCAGAUGGAAUUACGGGCUUGAGCCUGGAAUCUUUCAAAAAAAAUUGGGAUUCGGCUUAUCAAACAACAAAUCAUGCUGGAAUCCCAGAUCCUAAUGGGAAAAUAUACUGGAGUUUCAAUGCAUUGGUAGGCCUCUUUUUCCCUGCUGUAACAGGGAUUAUGGCAGGUUCAAAUCGGUCUGCCUCGCUGAAGGACACUCAGCGUUCCAUUCCAAUUGGGACUUUAAGUGCAACUUUGGCAACUUCAGGUCUGUAUUUGGUCACUGUGCUGUUCUUUGGAGCUCUUGCAACCAGGGAAAAGCUUUUGACCGACAGGUUACUUACAGCUACUGUUGCUUGGCCAGCCCCUGCAAUUACGUAUGUUGGUAUUAUUCUCUCAACCUUAGGUGCAGCUCUACAGAGCCUGACUGGCGCCCCCCGUCUUCUUGCUGCAAUAGCCAAUGAUGAUAUCCUACCUGUUCUUAAAUAUUUUAAAGCGGCAGAUGGGGGUGAACCUCACAUUGCCACUCUCUUCACGGCCUUCCUGUGUAUUGCAUGCGUUAUUAUUGGCAAUCUGGACCUUAUCACCCCAACUAUCACAAUGUUUUACCUUCUCUGCUAUGGAGGCGUCAACUUGUCCUGCUUUCUUUUGGAUUUGCUAGAUGCUCCCAGUUGGCGUCCUAGGUGGAAAUUUCACCACUGGAGUCUCUCCCUUUUUGGAGCAUUAAUUUGUAUAGUUAUCAUGUUCUUGAUUUCGUGGGCAUUCACCCUGGUGUCUCUAGCCUUGGCAACCCUCAUAUAUUAUUAUGUGAGCGUCAAAGGCAAAGCUGGGGACUGGGGUGAUGGUUUCAAGAGUGCUUACUUUCAACUUGCGCUCCGCAGUCUGCGAUCCUUGGGAGCAAACCAGGUACACCCAAAGAACUGGUAUCCUAUCCCCCUCAUAUUCUGCCGGCCAUGGGGCAAAUUGCCAGAGAAUGUACCUUGCCAUCCCAAACUGGCAGAUUUUGCGAAUUGUAUGAAGAAGAAAGGCAGGGGAAUGUCCAUAUUCGUCUCUAUCCUAGAUGGCGAGUAUCACGAAUGUGCAGAGGAUGCAAAGGCUGCCUGCAGGGCACUUAGUACAUAUAUUGAAUAUAAAAGAUGUGAAGGUGUUGCAGAGAUAGUUGUUGCCCCUACCAUGUCCGAUGGCUUUCGUGGCAUUGUCCAGACUAUGGGUCUUGGGAACCUAAAGCCCAAUAUUGUGGUGAUGCGGUACCCUGAAAUAUGGCGUCAAGAAAAUUUAACUGAAAUACCAGCAACAUUUGUGGGAAUAAUAAAUGACUGCAUCGUCGCAAACAAGGCCGUUGUUAUAGUCAAGGGUCUUGAUGAGUGGCCCAAUGAGUAUCAAAGGCAAUAUGGAACAAUUGAUUUGUAUUGGAUUGUACGAGAUGGUGGUCUUAUGCUGCUUCUCUCGCAGCUCCUCCUCACAAAAGAAAGUUUUGAGAGCUGUAAGAUUCAGGUUUUCUGCAUUGCUGAGGAGGAUUCAGAUGCUGAGGAGCUCAAAGCCGAUGUCAAGAAGUUCCUUUAUGAUCUCCGCAUGCAAGCUGAGGUAAUUGUAAUUUCAAUGAAGUCAUGGGAUGGCCAAUCAGAGCAGCAAGAUGAAUCGGUGGAGGCAUUCAAUGGUGCCCGGGAGAGAAUUGCUAGUUAUCUGUCUGAAAUGAAGGAGAAGGCUCAAAAGCACGGGACUCCUUUGAUGGCUGAUGGAAAGGCUGUCGUGGUAAAUGAGCAGCAAGUUGAGAAAUUCCUGUACACCACUUUGAAGUUGAAUACAACGAUACUGAGAUACUCGAGGAUGGCUGCAGUCGUCCUGGUGAGUCUACCACCGCCUCCAUUGAACCAUCCGGCUUAUUUUUACAUGGAAUACAUGGACCUAUUGGUGGAAAACGUGCCCAGGCUUUUGAUAGUCCGAGGAUAUCGUAGAGAUGUCGUCACUUUGUUUACGUAGUUUUACUUAUAUAGACAUGUUUUCAUCUCUUAAUGAAAAAAAUAUCUUCAGUCACUUGUUAAUAUGUUACAUUCAUAUUAUCACUCACCACGCGCGCCCUUCUUUUGGCGAUAGACUAGUCACUCAUUUAUUUUUCAAACUUUAUUGAGGGUAUCUCUUUGUAUUUGCACCAGAAUCUCUUCUUGUUAAAGAAAUUUUGUUUAAAUUA